CUCAGUCAUCCUGGAAAUUAACUACAAAGCCUGCCAAUUCCACAUAACACUACAAUAAAUCCAGUUCCACACGCACACAAUUUUGUUUUUAGCUCGUUACUUGCGUUUGGAAUUUUGAACACAUGAAAACUCGCGGAUAGUCAAAGUCAAGCAGACACUCACUCAGGACUCAGGAAUCAGGACUUAGGAAUCAGGACUUAGGAAUCAGGAAUCUCAGAUCAGAUGGCUUCCCAGAGUAAGAACAGCGGGCUGAGCAACAAGGUGACCACCGUGGUGGCCACCAAUGCCUUCGGCGCUGAUGUGAUGAGCGAGAUCAGCUACACGGACGCGAAGGUGGUGGGCAAUGGCAGCUUCGGCGUGGUCUUCCAGGCCAAAAUGGUGCCCAGCAACGAGCUGGUGGCCAUCAAGAAGGUCCUGCAGGAUCGCCGCUUCAAGAAUCGGGAGCUGAACAUCAUGCGGAAGUUGCGCCACGACAACAUCAUCACUCUCAAGUGGUUCUUCUUUUCCAGCGGCGAGAAACGGGACGAGGUCUAUCUGAACCUGGUCAUGGAAUUCCUGCCGGAGACUCUCUACAAAGUGGAGCGGCACUACGCCAGGGCCAAGCAGACCUUGCCCGUCAACUUCGUCCGCCUCUACAUGUACCAGUUGCUGAGGAGCAUGGCGUAUCUGCACAGCUUGGGCUUCUGUCACAGGGACAUCAAGCCGCAGAACAUGCUCCUCGAUUCGGAGACGGGUGUGCUCAAGCUCUGCGACUUCGGCAGUGCCAAGCAGCUGGUCCACGGGGAGCCCAACGUCUCGUACAUCUGCUCCAGGUACUAUCGUGCGCCGGAGCUCAUUUUCGGCGCCACCGACUACACCACCAAGAUCGACAUGUGGAGCGCCGGCUGUGUGAUGGCAGAGCUGCUGCUGGGCCAGCUCAUCUUCCCCGGCGACUCGGGUGUGGACCAGAUUGUGGAGAUUGUCAAGGUCAUGGGCACGCCCACCUCGGAGCAGCUGCAUGACAUGAAUCCGCACUACAAGCAGUUCAAGUUGCCGCAGCUGAAGCCGCACCCCUGGUCCAAGGUGUUCAGGAUUCGCACCCCGGCGGAGGCCAUAGAUCUGGUCUCCAAGAUGCUUAUAUACUCGCCCAACGCCCGGGUCUCCCCGCUCAUGGGCUGUGCCCAUCCUUUCUUCGACGAACUGCGUCAGGAUCCCCAUCAGCAGCUGCCCAACGGCAGGAGUCUGCCGCCGCUGUUCAACUUCACGGACUAUGAGAAGACCAUCGAGCCGGAUACAAUUCCCCUGCUGCUGCCACGGACUCAGAGCUCGAACACCACCACCAAGGAAUCGAGUCCUGUCCAAAGGACCCGCAAUACAGCCGGCGAGGAGAGCCCCCGGAAAACGGAGGUCAUCCAAAAACAGCCAACAGCAGCGCUCUCAAAGUCCCCGGAAGCUUCGGGCAAGACGCGCGGAUCCCCGCCAGGCUUUUUGCGACACGAUUUGGGCAACGGCGACCAUGUGGCUGUGGGCUCCGUGCCCAUGGAACCCCUCACCCCGGAGCAGGACAACUUCGCGGAGAACUAUGAGGGCGACGAGGAUGCCGAGGGUAAUUUAGACGAGGAUGCCGGCGAUGAACACGACUAUGACGACGAUGACGACGAUGGGCAGUGCAACAGCAACAACAUCAGCGACGACAUGGAAUACGAGGAACACGAGGAUUUCGAGGAGGAAAACUAAAUUUUCACUUCGAAGGGUUUCAGAAUAUUUAAGAGUUCAAACGGAAAAUUUAGAAUCUAAAUUUAAAUACAAGAAACGAAACUGUAAAA